UCCGUACCGGAACUUCUCUGUUUACUCCAAUCCUAUAAGGUCUCCCCGAGUCGAUUCUACUCUCGUCGUUUCCUUGUAACGCCAAACCGAUCUCACAGAAACCGCCACCCCCUGUCCUACAGUAAACAUGAGUCAGUGGCCAUCUCUUCUAACAGGGUAUGAAGAUGCAGAACCUCUUCCAACUACUAUCAAUCCUGACGGAAAAUCUCUGUACAACCCACCUGGUCCCCGCUCGGCUACCUACGACGAAUUCCCGAAGCAAUUUAAUCCGUCUAAGAAUGGUUUUGACUUCCACGUUUAUUACAUGCCUGCUGUCGCUGCUCAGGCGCAGUAUGCGAAAGAACUACACGAGCGUGUAAGGAGGGAGUUUCCAGAGUUGCGGAUAUAUAGGCUCUGGGAUAAACCAGUCGGCCCCCAUCCUACCGCCAUGUUUGAGGUAAAUACAUUUAACCCCCACCAGACUGGAGCAUUCUUUUCCUGGCUUGUCGUCCAUCGGGGCCCUUGCGACGUACUCGUCCACCCGAACACUGGCAAUGCACUCAGAGAUCACACAGAGUUGGCGACAUGGAUUGGAAGGAGAUGGCCAUUGUAUGAGGAGUGUCUUAGCCCUACUCGUACUACGUCGUAGUUGAAGAGAUACUGCAUUCUCAACUGACAUUAUUCAUUAGCUACACUUGCUACAGUAUCUGACGCUGGCUCGUAUUCACACGACUAUUUACCGACUUCAGGCAGUGCUGUUGCCUCGUUAAUGAAGGGAGCCUACCGGAAUGGACAUGUUUAGUAGUUAAAGAGGCAGAGGAGUAUGCAGCUAUGUUAGUAGACUAGCUACUCAAUGUGUAGACUAGCACUUCGUCAAUGUUUUCUGGUGCUCGUUCUAGUGCUUGC